AUUGUUGAGUUUGUGUUUGUUAUUAGUGCUCCAAAAUUGUUGUUUGUUGAUUUUAGUGAAAGAUAUAAGAGUUUUUUGUUCGUUAAUUAGUGACCGUUUGAUGUGAUUUAGUGCCAUAUUUCGAAGCCAGGUGUCCCCAAAUCCGGAAAUCCCGACCACAUUUCAAGAGAAUGUAUUCAGCGUAACAAUAACGCACUUUCCAUUAAAAAAAAACCCUUACACCUGGUGUUUCUUCAUCCCGAAAAACUCCAUAUUGGCGACCAUUCUCAUUGAUAUUUUAGCAGCCUUCUGAACUUGAACUUUCGUCAAUUGUAAUUCUCGAAACUAUUUUUAACACCAAGUGAAAGUAUGAGUGAAUCCACCCAAACUGAGGUUCUCGAUAACAACAACGCAACACCAAGUGACAAUCCUAAUAACAAUGUAGAAGUGAAUCAAAAUACAAAUGUGCCUAAAGACGAAACAUCGGACAUUUCACCAUCGAGUGGUGUCAGUAGUGCCUCAUCUAAAUCAGUGGCGUCCAGACAAUCAGGGAUCAGACCACCAUCACGUAUAGGAAGACCUUGUGGAGGAAUUCAGAAACCUGCUAUACCACCUACACCCACGAAAAAUAGUUCAGAUGAUUCCUUGCGAAGACUCACCGAUGACUUUGGAAGGCACAGGUUGACAGAUCUGGUAGAAGCAGAUGAAAGCGAGGAGGACGGUUUGGAGUAUUUUAAAUCGUCAGCACGUCGUAAUAGAUACACCUCUAUCGCUAGUACCGCUUCAUCUAUGGACGGUCUGUGGGAUUUGCAUCCGCGUCGCUUAAGCGAAGCCGGACUCAGCCGUCACUCAGAUUCAAGCGCCGUCUUGACGGAAGACACCGAUAGUUUCAUAAUCGGCCAAAGAGUAUGGGUGGGAGGUACCAAACCCGGUACCAUCGCGUACAUCGGGGAAACACAGUUCGCCCCGGGCGAAUGGGCAGGAAUAGCUCUAGACGAAGCCAUCGGGAAAAACGACGGCUCGGUUGGUGGUAUACGGUAUUUCCAGUGCGAAUCGAAAAAAGGAGUUUUUUCGAGGUUAACUCGUUUGACACGAGUACCUUUGGAACAACCAGGAAUGGGUUCCAAUGAGACGUUCACAACCAACAAUGGCGUACGCAGAAGUCCUAUUUCGCCCACCGGCAGUACCAAAAGUCUACUCAAAUCACCUACUCUAAGUAACUCGAACACGAGUUUAGCCAGUGCUGCACACAUCGAUUUCAAAAUCGGCGAUCGCGUCAUCAUCAAGAGUACCCAAGGCUCUAAAAUCGGUACCGUCCGCUACAUGGGCUUGACCGAUUUCGCCCCAGGAGAAUGGGUCGGCGUAGAAUUGGACGACCCCAGAGGAAAGAACGACGGUUCGGUGGAAGGAAAAAGGUACUUCGAGUGCCGCCCGAACUUCGGUCUUUUCGCGCCUAUUUCCAAAGUGAGCAAGUCGCCUUCGAAGUACAAGCCUUCGGCUUGCGUGGUGCAUUCGGGCCCCGGGCUGCCGCCUUCCGGCUUGAAGAGAACCAACUCCAAGGAGUCGAUGACGUCCUUGGCUUCGAAAACCAGCGCCGCAUCAAGCGUGCGGAGGGUAAGGCUUGGGGUCACUUCUCUGUCACCAAAGAAGGUGUCGCCAAAAACAACAACGCCUCUACCAACGAGGACAGCUCUCCAGGUAACUUACUAAUGAUGUUCAUGGAACAGUAAAACCGUUGGCUUUCGCUUCGUUUUUUUUUUUCUUUAUUAUUAACUGGAUUAAGUGCUGCGUAGUUGUAGUUGUUGAAUGGUUAUAGUUUAUACGUAACGCCUUUAUAUUGUUACUUUGUAGUACGUGUUAUUUAGGCUGUAGGUAAUUGUCUCUUAAUAAAUUUUACUGACCCGUUGUCAAA